UCACGCCGGUACCAGCUCCGAGACGCGCGUCCCUGACUCACACGUGUUAAGCUGAAACGACCACAGUGCCGGGACGGUGCACCACGCGAGUGCUCACCUUACACGUAUUAUUGUCACAACAGAACAGUGACCGAGUGCACCAAACAACAUUGCCUGCCUUAUUUCGUAGUGCUGUCACGCCACUUCCAGCAAGUGAUAACACCGGUUCGCGACGUCACGUGCGUGUCUCAUUUUCGCGUGUUACUGUCACGCCCAAGUCAGCUCAGAACAGUGGCGGUUCCCGACGUCACGUGAGUGUCUGUUCCACACGUGCUGCUGUCACAACGGCAACCAGUCCCUGCCUCUCGUGGAAGCAGUUGUACUGUCCUCGUGAAACGGUGGGCAAGGACGAUCCACUUAUCGCUAGGUUGCUGGAGCGUCGAGUCAUCGCGAGGCUGGCCGCUGCCGGCUGCCGGCCGCCGGCCGCCUGAGUAAACACGCCUGGCUGCCUGCCUGCCUGCCUGCCGCCAGCGCAGGACAAUCGCGCGCGCCUCCUCAGUAGUAACAAGAGGCGCGCCGAGGGAGCCGCGACCGGACUCUUCUGCGGAGGCGCCGGAGCCCUGCGGGACGCGGCGACUGCGGGAGUCCCACUGGGCGGUGCACCAGUAAAAGGAGCCCACAUGCAGCGCUUUCCCUGUCUGCCGUUCCACGAUGCGAAGAGCGCCACGAUAGCAGUGAAAAACUUGCAAAUCCAUCAGUUGAGGAAAUUCUAGAUUUGAGAGUACCCCUGUAAAAAUUCCAAGUAAUUGGUACUGAAACAGAAAAAAACGCAAAUCCGAAGAAUUAACACAAAAUUUCAAACAAUCAAGAAGCGAAACCGAGCUGCCACUUAGGAAGCUUCUAUGCAGCAAUGCGUCUGAAGCAGUCAAGAGGCUUUUGUUUAGUAUUCCGUCGAGGGUAUAGAUUUUUCACACGGAAUGUGGUGAUACAUUAGGCAGAACGGUGAUUUGCGAACACUGCACCGGGAAAAACUGUGAUUUUCGUUGCUAAAGAACCAUUGAAAUAUCGUAGUGGUCCUCGGUGCCAGAUACCGAUCGACGUAGAACUUGCCCUGAAUUGUAGCUUUUGAGUUUCAGUGAAAGUAGUACAGCGUGUUAGUGGAGUUAUAGUGACUCUGUAAGUGGACCAAUAGCUACCUUCUCUUACUGACGAUACGAUGAAACUCAAGGUACUAGCGGAGUAGUUUGAGUAACUCAUAUGAUCAACCGGUUUCGAGACGAUCGACUGCAAGACUCGAAUCUGACACGGAAAAAGCUUCACAAACGCAGACGUUACGUUUGGAAGUAGUCUUGAAAAAGUCCGAGCAAUCCGAUUUGAGAAGAAAUUCUUGGAAAGUAUCAUAAUGCUGUAAAUCUCCAUAGAGAAGAAGAAAGACACGGACACCUAGUGAUGGGACAUUGUGCACAUUAGGUGCCGAUAAGAAAAACUAAACUUGAACUUUAUUUGUGUGGUAAAAAAGAGGAGCAGCAGCUGCGUUUGUCGUAUUUUUAGGCCAUAGAUGGUGCUGCAGAUCGGUGUGUACCAUUCUUCCUCCUAAUUGUGUGUUAACUGGAGGCUUCGUUCAAAGUUGCCUUGCAGGUAGUGCGGUGUUUAUUGGGAUAUCGAGUGCUUACGAAAGUGAAACAACGGCUAAAAGUUGCGUUGUGAAUCGUGAAACAGGUAGAAUAGCAUUUCCAGGAGUGUGAGUGCUAGAGUCGGGAUGGGAGAAGGUCGGUGAUUUCAUGUGCAGUGCAGUCGUGCUGGAGACGGCGAAGAUCGCCUACUGUGUUGGGGCAGUGAUCGCGAGUGCAGUGCAGUGCGGUGCGGCGGUGAUGGUCGCGCAGUGAGCGCCCGCAGCCAGCAUGACGGUGUCGGCGAUGCUGCUGCGACCGGACGAGACGUACGAGCAGGCGGCGCGCCAGCUGCUGUGGGUGCUGUCGCGCUACGACGAGUUCCUCGAGCGGCACCGCAUCAGGCCGGACUUCUUCUGCCGCCACCGCGAGAAGCAGGCGCUGCAGCGCUGCCUGGGCGCCGCCAUCGCGCAGCCCCGGCAGCACCGCCAGCGCCCCAGGGGGCACUCCGCCACCGACCACUCAGAUAGUGCCUCUGGCGACCUCCCGACCGCAGGCGGGUGCUUCAGUGAUGGUGUCUGGGUGGGGGGCGACGGUGGAGGGGGGCAGCAUGACCAACUUCCUGCGCGCCACCACUGUGCAGGUGGUCCCCCUGAACAAGUGCCGGAGCUGCUACUUCAGCGAGGCGCUGACGAGCAACAUGGUGUGCGCCGCGGUGCCCUUUGGCGGCAAGGACGCGUGCCAGGGCGACAGCGGCGGCCCCCUCGUCUACGGCAAGAACCUUGUCGGAGUCGUAUCCUUCGGCAAGGGUUGCGCGAGACCCUACUAUCCGGGCGUCUAUGCGGACGUGGUUUCGCUACGCAAGUGGAUCACCCAAAAAGCCCGCAUCAAGUAACUGUGCAAUGCGAUCCACAUGGCAGUCGCUUUCGAGCACCAGGUGUCUUUCCAUGUUACGAAUACGGUCUUCAGUGUGUCCACUAUAAACCUGUGGGUAGUUACGUGACUUGGAGCGGCAUCGAUGCAUUCGACGUCUCGAUAAGUGUCACAUUGAACUAAAAUUACUGUAGGCAAGGUGGUUUAUACUCACACAACAAGUGAGGCGUACGCUACGGGUUCUGUGCUGUCGGGGCCUCGCAUUCGCAACACUCACUUUGUCGGGGAUGAUUGGCUGUAACCUGUAUCGAACCGAAAAUUGCUGUUGAGGACUGUGUCCGCAAGAUUCUGUAGCACUGGAAAUAAAUGAAUAUGGACCCAAAAUUCUUUUGGAACGUUUGAAGAAUA